UGGGGGGUAGGUGGGAAGAUAGACGUUCUCGGGUUACUGAGCUGCACUUCUUUCUAUGUCAUCUCAAAGCGACGGAAGUUCUCCGGCCACUGGAGCCAGACGCAUCCAAUAAACAGAGGCUCCAGGAGGCGAAGGGCGGUGCAGCGCCAAAGGGGUAUCCAAUGAGACGCCGCGGCGGUGCCAGACUCCGAGUGGGCGGAGGCAGCCUCGGUAGCAGCAGCAGCGGCGGCGGCGGCGGCAGAGGCAGAGGCAGAGCGGCCGACGCGAUGGAGAACUUCACAGCGCUUUUUGGUGCACAGACUGAGCCGCCGCCGCCGCCACCAGCUGCGCUGGGCUUUGGGCCGGGGAAGCCGCCCCCUCCACCGCCUCCUCCUCCGGGUGGGGGCCCCGGAACGGUCCCGCCGCCCGCAGCGGCCCCAGCUCCUCCUGGCGCUGACAAGGCCGCAGCUGGGUGCGGACCCUUCUACCUGAUGCGGGAGCUCCCAGGCAGCACGGACCUGACAGGCAGCACCAAUCUGAUCACUCACUACAACUUGGAGCAUGCCUACAAUAAAUUCUGCGGGAAGAAGGUGAAGGAAAAGCUGAGUAACUUCCUGCCCGACCUGCCCGGGAUGAUCGACCUGCCCGGCUCCCAUGACAACAGCGGCCUCCGUUCUCUCAUCGAGAAGCCGCCCAUCCUUGGUGGUUCUUUCAACCCUAUCACGGGCACCAUGCUGGCAGGCUUCCGCCUGCACGCCGGCCCGCUGCCAGAGCAAUGCCGCCUGAUGCAUAUCCAGCCCCCCAAGAAGAAGAAUAAGCACAAGCACAAACAGAGUCGGACCCAGGACCCCGUCCCCCCAGAACCGACACAGUCCAGAGCAUCCCGGUAUGGGCAGCUCACAGGCCAGCAGCAGCAGUAGCCUCCGUUAACAAGACCAUUGGACGACAGACCGGCCAGGGGAGCUCUGUUCUCCUACACUGAACUUGCCGACGGAAGCAGCCUCGGAGGCUGGAGGACACGCUGCCCUUGGAGCAUCCCCCUGGAUUGGGGGAGAAUGCAGGCCAGGCCAGCUCUGGCUGGGGGCGAAUGAGGUGGAUUCAUUAGGGGCGGGAAGGGCAGUGCCUGUGGAAGGCACAGCCCAAUUGGCUUCUCCGGUGGAGCCGCUUCUCCCCUCCCAAGGAGCCUUCUCUCCAUGUCUUUUUGUACAGUUUGUCUGCUUGAAGAUUUGGAUUGGUUUAUUGGGAUUUGGUUUCUUUUUUAAAAAUUCAUCUUGUACCAAACUGGCUGAGUUGUGGUGCUUGGGUGUUGGGAACCAGAGAGAUUCUUUCCUUGAGGGACAGGGCUGAGGAUGCUGCUGUUAGGUUAGAGCUGGUCCAUCAGGGGACUGACUAGUGGAGUGGGCUCCACAAAGAAUGGGGACCAAUACUGGGGCCCCAGUGUUGUAAGGAAAGGGUUUGGGAUUAGCGCUCCAAAUGAGAUACGGGGAAGGGUAACAUUGCUAAGCCUACCACAUUCCCACUGAUGGAAAACUGAGGAUGAGGGUCUGGCCUGGUACUAAUAGAUAGCAUCUUGCUAAGGUCACGGAGAAAAAGUCAUCUUCCUACCAAUUAAAUGAGCCGAGGCCCCCAACUAAUGACAGUUUAGAGCACUCAGGGUGUCCCAUUUUUUAUAGUCGAGGAAACAGGCUCCAGAGGUCUGAUCACACUGAUACACAUUUCCAGAGCUAGGAAUCUGAUGACUUGGAAUCUAUUCUAGUUCAAUCUGAGUUAGCUGCCAUAGCCUCUGACAGCUCAAGGCUUGGGUUUGAGUGAAAACACGACAACUAGUAUCGGGUUUUAAACAGGAUAGUUCCUGCAUCAGAGAGCUUUUGAGGCAAAACUCCAACAAAAGUAGGUGCUUUUGGUCCCUCCUUAAAUUUGUUUGCUCUGCCCCGUCUCAAGUUAAACCUAGCACAGGGUUGACCUCAUUGUUUGCAGAGAGAGCAAGUAGGGAGCUGUAGUUCUACCACAGUGCCAGCAGGUGGCACUUGGCCCCACCUGACAUUGACUGGAUAAGGGGGUGUGAAGGGCCUGCUUAGGUGCUCCCCCUCCCCCCAACUACAGCAGCCACCUCCUUUCCAAAGGCAAAAACUAACAAGAACCACCCUAAAACCUAGACCCUGAUCUUUUCCUUGACUCGGGCCUGUGCUCCGACUCUCCAAGUUGAAUUAAUUCCCUCAUUUAUUUUAGCGCUCAGUGACAGCCAGCCUAGUUAAGAUGGCAGACUUUGCCAUCCAGUAGACUGAAAACCUUUUAUAAAAAAUAGACUGA